GCGAAGACGCGGCGCCGACACCUAGAGCUACCAGCGAUAGAGCCACCGACGGGCGCGAGAGAUUGAGCGCGCGUGGUCAACACAGAGAAGACGCGUGCGGUAUUUCGCUCAGCUGUUGGACGAUUGGCGUCGCGGCGCUUACGGGUAUCGCGACAGAUUCGAUCUUAAGGGACGAUUUUAAUUAUUGGAUGCGUUUGUUUGUUUCUCGCUGAGACUAAAUGACUUUUAAGUAAUUGAAAGAUAAUAAAAGGAGGGACUAAAACGUAGAUAAUUGGUUUGUGAGGGAUAAAUAACAUUAAAGUGAGUGGUUGUUGACUGUAUUUAAAUGGAACUUUCAGGGAAAGUUUUUCAGAAGGAAUAUUAAACAUUUUAAUAUCGUGUAAUUCACUGGACGCUGAAAACAAGUGUGUGGGAUUUCCAGUAUGUACCUGCCAAAUAGAUUAACUCGAAUGUCAGAUUAAACUUUACUGGUCGUCGGUCACAUUCUCACCUGUCUGAAUAUUGGAACAGUGAAUGCUAAAAAGGAGCAAAAGAAGUCAUUAUAGGCCAUAAUUCAGGUUACGACGACUGAAGCGAUUGAUACCAUAUGGCCUCCAAAAGAAAAUACUUAGAUUUUCUGAUGAAGGAAGAAGAAGUUUAAAAUAAAUAGACGAAAUGGCGGCUGUAUUCCUCAUCCUUUUACUGAUUACGUGUUUGAGGCCAUCAUGGUCACUAAUAUCGGGAAAUCUGUCAAUGCCGGAAGUUCCGUUGGAGUUUUCCUCGCUGGAGGAAAGUUCAGAAUCGGAACUCUCAUCUCAGCUGCAGGAAAUGGACGAGCGGUCGAGCGGCUGGUCUCCGUGGUCCGAGUGGUCGGCCUGUUCCAGAUCUUGCGAUGGAGGCGCAUCUCAUCAAUUACGGUCUUGUAAGAGCGGCCCUUGCAGAGGUGAACACGUCCGAUAUAAAAUAUGCAACAUGCAGCCAUGUCCUGACUCACCACCCGAAUUCCGAGAGGAACAAUGCAGUUUAUAUGACAACGUACCAUACGAGGGUGGUAUCUAUCAAUGGUUACCGUUUUAUGACGAUGACGAGCCGUGCGCAUUGACCUGCAAGGGCAAACCUCAAGAUGCUGAUGAAGACGCUAUUUUGAUAGUGGCCAAACUGAAAGAUAAAGUACACGAUGGAACUAGGUGUAGACCUGGAAGUUUGGACAUGUGCAUAGACGGAAGAUGCCAAAGAGUGGGGUGCGAUCUGAGGAUAGGCUCCAUGAAACAAGUUGACGAAUGCGGGGUUUGUGGAGGAGAUGGAUCCACAUGUGCCAAGCCACUGUACCACUGGACAUUGACGUAUGCGUCACUGUGUUCUGUCUCUUGUGGAGGAGGUUAUAAAAUGUCUCGACCUGUAUGUCAAAAUAGAUUGACAGGCGAUGAAGUCGAAGAGGAAUUGUGCAAUGAUUCUCAAAGACCCGAUUCAACAGUAGUGGAAUGUAACAUACAUGCUUGUCCUCCAAAAUGGCAUGCGUCUGAUUGGGGUCCAUGUUCUGUCUCAUGCGGUGGAGGUUCCAAAAUGAGGCAAGUUCAUUGUGUCGAAGAAAAUAAUAAUACAAAAAUAAUGGUGGAGGAUUCAAAAUGCGGCGGACGUAAGCCUUGGUUCCAAGAGGCCUGCAAUCAAAUGGAUUGCCCUACGUGGGCGACUACCAAAUGGUCCGGGUGCUCAGUGUCUUGCGGAGAAGGCAUACAAACAAGGGGUGUAGAAUGCAGAAAUUCAGAUGAUCAGCUUAGCAAUCUAUGUGAUCAAAAACUUAGACCAGAAUCCACCCAAGUUUGUUCUACAGGAAUCACCUGUCCUUUUAGAGUAGAAACAAGUGAAGAACUUCUUCCAGGUUUAUAUCAUACACAACCUUUUAUAGAGCCAUAUCCACCUCCGCCGGUACCGCAGAGACUCGUAGGGGAACAAAUAGUACCUUCAGAAAGCACUUUUAUUCCUGAUGAGUGGGGCCCCGUGCAGCGUGGAGCUGUGGCGAGGGUAUCAGACGACGCGAAGUUUACUGCAAAAUAUUCCUGGAAUUCUCCCAGAACUAUAGCCAAACUUCCAGACAAACAAUGCUCGGGCAUCAAGCCCACCGAGGUGGAGAAAUGCUACAUGGAGCCGUGCACUUCGGAAAAGAUCAGCAUGGACAUUAAGGACGAUCCUUAUAGAACGGAUAAUAUCAAGGUUGGCUCUGGAAGUCCCUCUAAAUCAUACUCAUGGAAAGAACAAGGAUUUACUCACUGCAGUGCUUCAUGUCUGGGAGGUGUUCAAGAACUCAUUGUAAAUUGUAUACGCGACGAUACUCAGAAAGUUACAUCGCCUUACAUGUGCACUUUUGAACAAAAACCAGAAGUAAUUAUUAGGGCAUGCAAUGAGCAUUCCUGUCCACCAAGAUGGUCCUACACCGAGUUUUCUCCGUGUUCACAAAGUUGCGGGAUCGGAAUACAAACAAGAGAUGUCAAUUGUAUCCAUGAACUGACACAAGGCGGCAGUAACACAGUCGUGGUACCAAACAAUAGAUGUCCUCAACCUCCUCCACCCGAUAGACAGUACUGUAAUGUGCUGGAUUGUCCAGUAAGAUGGAAGGUAUCCGAAUGGUCGAAAUGCUCCAAACCCUGCGGUGGCGGUGAGAAAUCCCGAAAAGUCGACUGCAAGCAAGUCAUGGCCCAAAACCACACAGUCGACCGACCAGCGUCCAUGUGUCCUUCCCCGAAACCGUCUGAAAAAAAGCCCUGCAACGCCAAGAGCUGCAUCGUGGAAAGCGACAAACCGCACAUCAGCGUCACCAACAGCACAUUCAUCCAGCACGACGUCAGAAAAGACAAAGUCACUGUCAAAGUAGGCGGAGCGGCCACUCUUUUUACCGGUACCACCGUUAAGAUCAAGUGUCCGGUUAAAAGGUUUGACAAGUCGAAGAUCCAGUGGAAAAAGGACAAUAACUUUCUUCCGCAAAGCAGGAAGUACAAGAGCUCCAAAAAGGGAGCUUUGAGGGUGCACAAUUUGACACUGAGAGAUAGUGGGACAUAUUCUUGUACAGCUGGUAAAUCAUCUGCUAACAUAUCUAUAACAGUCCGUCCGAAGCCAGGGGAAUUUCCUACAUCUGAAGAAAUUCAGAAGCAAGUCCAAUUGGACGUCACUUCUGGAAGGAAUAGUGGUAAAGCUAGAGGGAAAGCCAUAUACGCAGACGAUCAGUCUCACGAACAACGCCCUGAUGGCUCUAAAAAGAAGGAGGUGAAGACAUUCACACCAGUUAGUACAUCGCCCAGCCUAACCCUAGAUGAAUACCGCUUAGACAGCAAAACAACAGCUAUCUCAAAAAACAAGGACAAAAUUUCCAACUUGCCCUCGAGCUCCUCCUCCGAGCCGCAUAAUACGGCGAAUUAUGGAAAUUCCAGGAGCUCAGCCAGUCGGGUUAUGCCCAACUUCUUGUCCUUAAUCUCGAAGAUACAGAUCCUCGGAUACCAACCGCGAAAUGUCAGAGGAUACCAGAUGGUUACAUUUCCAGAAACCCAAGAUCAAAUCCCGGCCACCGACGGCUCUAUACCACAUACUAUGUCUGAUGAUAACAGCGAAUUUGUCUUAGGGAGAGGCAAUAGAGAGAAUGUCAAAUUUGAAUGGUUAGUCGGCAAUUGGACUAAAUGUUUGCCUAGAUGCGAUGAAAAUGACUUUCAAACAAGAACUGUCAAAUGUGUAGUAAAAUUCUACAACGUUACUCAUGAGGUCGAAAAUAAUUUUUGUGAAGAUGCGAACAUUCCCUCUUCUAACACUAAAAGAAAAUGCGAGGAAUGUCCUCGAUGGACAUUUUCAAAAUGGAGCUCGUGCGAAACAUCAAAGUGCUUUGCGUUGCACAAAGCGAUGCAAAAGCGAGCGGUAACAUGUCAGCUGAAGGGCAAUAUCACGGUUGAUAUGAAUAGAUGCGACCCGCAUCAAAAACCCGGACAGCGCCAGGAGUGCUACAACGCAAAGUGCGUCGGAAAAUGGAAAGUUGGCAGCUGGUCAGAGUGUACAGCCACUUGCGAUAGUACUGGUGAAAAGUUCCGUAUCCUUCAGUGCGUAUGGUUUGGUACUAAAAAACCGGCUGGCAAUGCUUGCAAGAACAUUCCAAGGCCACCUACGAAAAAAAUGUGUAGAGGAACACCAUGUAAUGUCAUCUCAGAAGAAGAAUGCAAGGACCAUUCGAUGUUCUGUUCCAACGUCAAAUCUCUGAACAUGUGCGAAAUUGUAAGAUACAAACAACAAUGUUGUCAGACGUGUCAAAGUAAAUUAGAACAACAAAAAGUUUAAAUUUGAACUGCAUAAAAUAGGCUAAAGUUAAAAUUCUGUUUAAAGAAUAACAAAAAACUAUAAAUAUCAAUCAGUGUGGAUCGAUCCUAAAUGUUGAUUUAGCAAUAAGGAGUUAUGAAGAAUCGACAAGAAAAGAGUAUAUUUGACCAUUUGUAUUAAUUGUUUACUAGAUAUACAUAUAUAAUAAAACGUUGCAAGUAUUAUUAUUUAUUACCUAUUUGCGAUUUUGUUUAUCACUAUGAAAACAAAAUUGAAAUAAUUUAAGCAAAAUAAAUAUGCUGAAUAACUCCAAAUAUUUAAGACUGACAUAAUUUAUUAUUUCUAUUACACUAUAUACAGAGGGUUUUUAAAGGUAACUUAUAACUUUUCAGAAUUUUGUCUAAUUUGCUUUAAUUUUUUUAUAUAAGGUUAUUAUUAUAAUUAAAUUACAUGUAAUACACUAUUAUGUUACGUUAUUACAUGUAGUAUUACAUUAUAUUUUAAAGUUAAUAGUAUCAUUUCAUAAAACCAUUAAUUUUGUUCCCUUUUACUUCAUAAUACCACCGAUUGAAGAAAUGAGAAGAUGCGAAACCUUAUGGGCGAUUUCGUGGCACAAAACCUCCAAUCCGAGAUGUAGCUGGCGCUAACCGUCAGCCCUUCGUCAGCCUGUCUGAGCAUUCCGAGAUUUAGUUUAGCUCUGCGCCGCUGCGCGCUGAGAGUUGUUUACAGCGCAACGGAAAAAGAAUUCUGUACCGUAGUUCUGCUUUCAGUCGACAGAGUGAUUGGUUGCCGGAGACAGUAAUGCCAGAACUACUAAGUAAGCCGUAGAUUUACGGAUUUUUGGUACAGUGCGUUAAUAAUACCGAUUUUCUAUUUUUUAACAAUUUAAUAUAAUAUUAUAUGAUUAAAUAAAGAACGGCGUCAGCGUUGGCUUGGAAAUGAAGAUUGCUGUUAUUUCAUAUUACGUAAAAUAUUAUGAUAUAUGUCAAUUAGUCGUCAUUUCCAAGCCAACUAACGACUUUUUUCUAUCAUACGAAAUAUUCAGUACUUAUAAAAAAAAUAUUUUUGUUGUUUAUUCUAUGUUUAACACGAAUAAAUUUUCAAUA